AAGAAGAAAGUCAAGCUUGACCUGCCUAAUAAAUUCGAUAGAAGUAAGGAGAAACUAGUUAGAUUCCUUACUACUAUAAGAGCCUAUCUCUGCUACUAUAACGACAAGUUCCUAGAUAAUAAAGCUAAAGUCCUUUAUAUAGCUACAAGACUAGAGGGCAAGGCACUUAGAUGGUUCGAGCCUAUGUAG